AGAGAGGUUAUCUCAGUAAUGGAACAUGAAGUUGUGGAAACACUUUGUAUGUUUGAAAGGUUUUUUCCUCCCAGCUUCUUUGAUAUCAUGGUACACUUGACAGUACAUCUAGGAAGAGAAGCAAGACUUGGAGGACCAGUCCAUUUUAGAUGGAUGUAUCCAUUUGAGAGGUACAUGAAAGUUCUAAAAGACUUUGUAAGAAAUCCAGCAAGACCAGAGGGUUGUAUUGCAGAGUCAUAUCUUGCUGAAGAAUGUGUGCAGUUCUGUAGUGAUUUCUUGAAGAAGACAACAAGUGUAGAAGAAAAACAAGAGAGAAAUACAGAGUAUGAGAACAGUUCUAUACUAGAAGGUCGUCCUUUAUCUGCAGGAACUGCAAUUACUCUUACUGAGAUGGAAAAGAACAUAGCCCAUCUUGCUGUCAUUCAAAAUAUGGCUGCAUUGGAUCCUUUUGUUGACAUGCACUUGGAACAUCUACAAGACACUAAUCCAAGGUGUAGACGUGAUGCAUCAAUGUUAUGGUCUAUGCAUGCUAAGAACUAUGCAUCAUGGUUAAAGGAAAAGGCAAGCUAUUUCACUGUCUUUUGUAUAUAUUUAGUCUGAUUCAUAUAAAUAUAAGUCAC